AUGCCCGUCGCAUCCAAGCCCGUCAUCCCCCAGAAUGACAACGUCGCCCACGCCCUCGCCGGCGCCGGAGGCGGCAUCCUCUCCAUGAUCCUCACCUACCCGCUCAUCACCCUCUCCACCCGCGCCCAGGUCGAGUCCAAGCGCGCCGACUCGCGCUUCCUCGAGGCCGUCCGCAGCAUCGUCGCCCGCGAGGGCGUCUCGGGCCUCUACUCGGGCCUCGACUCGGCCCUCUUCGGCAUCUCCGUCACCAACUUUGUCUACUACUACUGGUACGAGUGGACCCGCGCCUUCUUCGAGGCCGCCGCCGACAAGGCCGGCCGCGCCUCCAAGAAGCUCACCACCGUCGAGUCCAUGUUCGCCGGCGCCCUCGCCGGCUCCGCCACCGUCAUCCUGACCAACCCCAUCUGGGUCGUCAACACCCGCGUCACCACCCGCAAGCAGCAGGCCGAGAAGGCCUCCUCCUCCUCCGAGGCCGACCCGGAGAAGGCGGGAGCCGCCGCCGCCGCCCCCGCCGCGAGCGCCAAGCCCCCGACCACCCUCGGCACCCUGCUCGCCCUGCUGCGCAACGAGGGGCCCCAGGCCCUCUUCUCGGGCGUCGUCCCCGCCCUCGUCCUCGUCAUCAACCCCAUCCUGCAGUACACCCUCUUCGAGCAGCUCAAGAACGCCGCCGAGCGCCGCAAGGUCCGCGUCACCCCGACCGUCGCCUUCUUCCUCGGCGCCCUCGGCAAGCUCUUCGCCACCAGCAUCACCUACCCCUACAUCACCGUCAAGAGCCAGAUGCACGUCGCCGGAGGCAACGCCGGCCAGAAGAAGGAGGGCAUGAUGCAGGCCAUCUCGCGCGUCGUCAAGGAGGAGGGCUACGCCGGCCUGUACAAGGGUAUCGGCCCCAAGGUCACCCAGAGCGUGCUGACUGCUGCCCUGCUCUUCGCCUUCAAGGACGUCCUCUACGAGCAGACUGUCCGCCUGCGGUCCGGCAUCGCGAGGAAAGCCGUCAAGGCAUAG